AUGACCAAACUUGAUACGUUAGGAUGGCUUACAGUCCCGGCCCGUCGACACAUGAGCGGUACAGAGAAAACUACUGCCCUCUCGAAGAUGCAGUACACAUCUCCACUCCACGACAUGGGGUACAUAGACUUGAUCUCCUCUACCGUCUUUAUGGGGUUCGCCUGGGUUAUUUGGGGUUACUUCCGCAAGAGGCGCGUUAGUUCGGUGCUGAAAAAUCUCCCGGGUCCUCGAAGUACGUCAUUCUUGUACGGGCAUUUUGGCGAUUUCUUCGGUCGUCAUGGGACAGAAUUCAACAAAGAGGUUGCUCUGAAGUAUGGAGCUGUUUGUAAAAUGAACGGCAUGUUGGGGCGUACAGUCCUGUAUGUUUCCGAUCCGAAGGCACUGCACACUAUUAUACUCAAAGAGGAGCAUAUAUACCAGGAAUCUGAAGGUUUCAUCGCGGCACUGAAACUCAUUUUCGGUCCCAGCCUCACUUCUACUUUAGGGGAAGUCCACCGGAAGCAACGGAAGAUGCUCAACCCGGUCUUCUCGGUUGCACACAUGCGGAACAUGAUCCCGCUUUUCUACGGUGUCUCGUUCAAACUUCGUACUGCUAUCACCCAACGUGUUGCCCAAGGGCCUCAAGAGCUUGAUGUACUAGGAUGGACCGGCCGGACAGCUCUUGAACUUAUCGGGCAAGGCGGGUUUGGCUAUUCUUUCGAUUCAUUGACCGAGGACUCUCAAGAUGCGUUCGGAGAGGCACUGAAAGACUUGAGCCCCAAUCUGCAGAAGUUCGAUCAUUCUCGGUACUUCAUCUCAUUGUUUGCUGCACUGGGACCAGCAUGGUUACGGAGGCGCCUUGUGGAGUUGGUCCCGAGUAAGGACUUGCAGAGGGUCCUGAGCAUCAUAGAUAUAAUGACUCAGAAGUCGAUCGAGGUUUACCAGGACAAGAAGGCAGCUCUUGCUCGAGGAGACCGGGCGGUUGUUCAGCAGAUAGGAGAAGGAAAGGACCUUAUGAGCAUACUGAUCAAAGCAAACUCUGCCGCAUCCAAGGGCAACAGGCUGUCGGAAGAGGAGCUGAUUGCACAAAUCUCGUCCUUCGUCUUCGCUGGAAUGGACACGACAUCAAACUCGAUUUCUCGCAUCUUGCAUAUCCUUGCCCAGCGCCCCGAGGUGCAGGACAAGUUGCGAGAAGAAAUACUAGCGGCGGGCGCGGGAGAGAACAUAUCCUACGAAGACUUGAACAAGCUCAGUCUGCUCGAUGCGGUCUGUCGAGAAACGCUGCGUGUGUUUCCUCCUGUUACAGGGCUCACCCGCGUGGCCACAAAGGACAGCGUUCUACCCUUAUCCGAGCCUAUCAUGGGGCUCGACGGGACAUUAAUUACGGAGAUCCCGAUUCCAGAGGGCACAGAACUCAUUGUCGGGACAAUGGGGUCUAACCUGAGGCCAGCCGUCUGGGGCGAGGACUCUCUGGAGUGGAAGCCCGAACGCUGGCUGUUGCCGCUCCCCACGAAGGUCACUGACGCCUCGAUUCCUGGCGUCUACUCUAACUUGAUGACUUUCCUGGGAGGGAAGAGAGCAUGCAUUGGCUUCAAAUUCUCGGAGAUGGAAAUGAAGGUUGUCCUGUCCGUGUUGCUCUCCACGUUCCGCUUUGAAGAGUCGGAUAAGCCCGUCAUAUGGAAUGUAGGUGCCGUAUGGUACCCCACAGUGGGAUCAGAGAGCAAUGUCUCCGAGCUGCGAUUGAAGGUGUCUCUUCUUGACGCUCGGAAGGCUUAG